GUUAGUUUUACACUACCUUGUGUCUGAAGCAUGAAAGGCAACGUAACUUUAGUGCUAAAUGUGUGGGUGUUUGGUGUUUUACUAGGUGUUAACAGUAGUCAAACCAUCGUCACGCUACAAAAUAGCAAACGAUACAGUAGCUACGGUUGCAACUACCUAGCUAACGGUACUGAACCGAGACUAACGGGAUAAUACGAGCUAUGCUAGCUAAAUGGAUUAGCUAGCCAACAAUAUGCAGGCAAUUCGUUGAGAAACCGAGGUGUGGUGAUCGUACCGCUACUACAACUUUCUCGGGGUGGAAAAAUAGUCUGGCGGAGAUGUAUAGCCCUAAGGAGCUUGAAGGAGAAGUAGAUCAUUCUUUCUUUGACAGUGAUUGUGAGGAACACGGAAAAGAAGACAGGGGAGAUAGCACGGCUGUCAGUGGUGGGAACUCCGAAGGCCACGAGCAGAUGGAGCCUGCAGUGUCAGGAGAGGGAAACUCCCCUCUGCCGAAAGAAGACAAGGGUAACGGCUCCGUGGACGAGAACCGUAGCCGACCAUCAAGCGCCUCUUCACUCCUUUCUUUUGAAGAGAAAUCUGAAGCAGACGGCGAGCUGGACAAGAAUCCCAGCACCCAUUUUCAGAUCACCGCCAAAAUCCCCACCGGCCUUUCGGCUGAGGAGAACGGGAAGGACAACCAUGAGGAUGACGACGAAGACGGUUACAAAAGGAGCGAAGAAGACACCGAAGAGGAGUCGGAUCAGAAACCAACCAAGAGUAAAGCUGCAACCCACUGCCUAUCGAAGAAGUCCAGCGGGAAGUUUAGGAGCGGAAAACACAGCCCCGUUUCCUCGUCUAAAUCGGACAGUUCAUAUAGCAGCACAGAGGACAGCUCCGCUUCCGAGGCAUCUCCCCAGCGGAUCCCUGCGUGCUCCCCUCCGUACCGAGCCAAACUGGGCGCGCUCGCGCGCAGAGAAAAGCUCAGGCUCCCUCCGGAGGAAUCGGAGGACACGGUGACGGAUGUGACCCCGCUGUCCACCCCGGACAUAAGCCCCGUCCAGUCCUUUGAGCUCGCACUGAGAAAGGACGGCGAGAGGGAGCGAGUGAUCGUCAGGCAGCAGAAUGUUCUCGGCGGACUUGCCGCAGAUGACGUGGGCUCUAUCUCAGAAGCUUUUAUGAAAGUGAACAAGCGGCUGGAGAGUGAGCUGGUGAUAGAGAGUUCCGGAAGGAGGCCGCGUAAGAACUACUCGUUCAGCAACGACGACGUGGUGCGCAUCGACCGGGAGAACCAGCGGCUCCUGCGGGAGCUCACCCGCCGCAGCCCCCGGCCCAAGAGCGGCGCCACGAAGAAGCCCGGCAGCCCGCCGGUGCGGCCGUGCCACAGCGCCCUCAACAGGCAGCGCGAGCAGCAGCGCAUCGAGCGCGAGAACAUGGCUUUCCUGAAGAGGCUGGAGACGGCCAAGGCCACCCCUGGCAUGAAGAGGUCCGAGCAGCUGUCCGACUACCAGCGCCAGACCAGGUACCUGGGAGCUGCUUCCCCUUCCAAAUCCGAGCGCUCCCCCUCCAGCAGGAGCUCAGCAGGUAAGAGCAGCAGGCUUUCCAGUGCCUCCAGUGUGCACAGAGCAAGACCAGCAUCCAGCGUGUCCACUGCCGUUUCCAAGACCAGCAGGACUGCCUGGCCUUGAGGGUGUGUAUGUGCACGCUUGUGUGCGUGCGUGCGUGCGUUUGUGCACGUGCGCGUGCGUGCUUGUCUGUGUGUGUGUGCACGCUUGUGUGUGUGUGUGUGUGUGUGUGUGUGUAUGAGGCAAGAUCCAUGUGCUGACUCGUGUACAGUUUUGGGGUACAUUCAAACUGCAGCUGUUCCUCAGUCCUCAUCCUGGAGGGUGGUAGGGUCUGUAGAGCCUCAUUGCCCCCUGCGACCCACUGACCGCGCCCUUUACAGAAUGAGAGUAACUAUUCGCCCUCUACAGAGGACAGUGAGAGGGCGUGACUACAGCAUUCCAGGCCCAGAAUCAGGGACCCUCCUGAAGCCAUGUAUAUUGUGAGGUCAAUACGGUGCUUCUGUAAUGUGGAUUGAACAGUGUCUUUAAGAAAUUGCUUAGGCAUUGAAAGCUGAACUUAUUAAGCUGAGUGGCAGGUGUUCCAACGUGCUGCUGAAGUAAUUGCUGCAUUUUUUGUUGCAUCAAUAAGCCAGUGAAACCUGUCAAUGUUGCUGUCUCAUGGACUAUAUACUUUGGAUCUUAUUUACGUCAGAACAUUGAGAGAUUUACAUUUAUUUAAAGAUUAAAAUAUUUAUAUAUACAUAUAUAUUUGAUAUUGUGGCUCGUGCAUUGCUAUGUUUGCCAAUAAAGCUUCUUGUUACAAAACUC